AAUUUGUUUUAGUUUUAUAUUAUCAAAACUCCAACAAUACUCCAACAAUGAGAGAAAUAUAUUUUGUUUCAUUUACAAAGUAAAUAUCUUUUUUCAAGAAAAAUCUAAAAUUUCGUCUUUUAAUAUCAAAAGAAACCUUCAAACUAAGUUUCUAUUACUAUCUUUUCAAAUUAUGAAUUCAAAAUGUAUUUAUAUAAGUUUUUUCUUGGUAGGAUGCUUAGUUGCUUUGGUACUCCAUAUCUAUAUUUUCUCACCAAUUUCUCCUCAAAUACUUGUAUUGCCUCCUGCAUAUUUAGCUGACUUCCAUCAUGAUUUCAACAUCGACUUACAGAAAGUUAUAAAAAUAGGAGAAGGGAAAGUGAAAGAUCCAGAGGAUGUAUGUGUGGAUAAGGAUGGAACAUUAUACACAGCUAGUAGAGAUGGAUGGAUCAGUAAAAUGUACAAACAUGGUUCGUUAGAGCCAUGGAAGAAGGUUAAUAGUACUACUUUGCUUGGAAUGACGGCCACAACUGCAGGUGGUAUUAUCAUUUGUGACACUGAACAGGGUUUGCUUAAGGUUGAUGACCAUGGAGUAACAACUCUACUUUCCGACUUCAAUGGCUCCAAGCUUUGGUUUGCAGAUGAUAUAAUAGAAAGCAAAGGUGGCAGCUUGUAUUUUAGCAUAGCAAGCACUAAAUUUGGUCUUCACAAUUGGUACUUGGAUUUACUAGAAGCCAGGCCCAAUGGGCUACUUCUAAAGUACAAUCCCCAAACAAAGGUGACAUCAAAAUUGAUAGACAAUCUUUACUUUGCUAAUGGAGUUGCCCUCUCAAUUGAUGAGACCUACCUUGUGGUGUGCGAAACUUUUAAAUUCAGAUGCCUAAAGUAUUGGCUACAAGGAGAUCUUCAAGGAAAGACAGAAGUAUUCAUAGAUAAUCUUCCUGGUGCACCCGAUAAUAUCAAUCUUGCUCCAGAUGGUUCGUUUUGGAUUUCAUUGAUACAGAUUACAACAAAAGAGAUGAAAUUUGUGCACUCCUCCAAGAUAGCAAAACAUAUAAUAGCAACAUUUCCAAGCUUAUUGAAGAUUGUGAAUGGGUCACACAAGAAAGCUACAGUUAUAAAAGUAUCAGAAGAUGGUAAAUUGUUGAAGAGGUUAGAUGAUCCUCAGGGCAAAAUUAUAUCUUUUAUUACUUCAGCUGUGGAGUAUGAGGGUAACCUCUAUCUUGGAAGCUUAAAUUCCAAUUUUGUUGGUAAACUAUCACUUAAUACCCAUUCAUCAGAUUGAUGAACAAUUUUUUUUUGUAUAAUUUAUAAAAAUAUUUUCUCUAAAUUUAGUUUAAUUUUCAUGUAAUAAGAUUAGGUGCUUGUAUGUUACACUUCAAAACACUUGUGCAACUUGCCUAUGUAGUAUAAUUCAAUCAUAUAUGAAGCAUAGUUUUAUUAAGAAAAA